CUUGGAAAGAAAACAGUUUCAGUGCCUUGCCUUGGGCUGUAGUACUAGGAACAUUAAAGCUCAACUUUUUAUCUCACAAAAGAACACCUAACACUUUUUCUCUCUCUCUGUCUGUCGUGAUGACGCGUUUUAAUGGCGGCUAAACCUUCAAAUCAUCUUCGUCUUCAUUUUAGCUUAAGAUAAAACUGUAGCAUUCCUUUCCUUUUUAUAUUUAGUUUGUUUAAAACUUAAACCAAAACCAAAACAAUCGCUCCAAAUGUUUUUCUUCUUCUUUCUCUUCUCCUUCGCUCUUUCUUUCUUAUUCUUUUUCUUUUCUUUCUACUAUAAAAAUCUCCAUAAACAACAACAACAACAACAGCAAGAAGGAAAAACCGAGAAUGAACCGGCCCUUUUGAACCGCUCUCUCUCAGAUAUUGUUGAUAAAAAACCCCAAACCCGGGAAAAUGACCCGACCCAUUUGCACCAUUCGCUUCUUCUAGAGAUCUUGCCUUUUGAUUCUACAAAAUGGGCUGGUUUGUUUACCGGUGAAAAUCAACGAAGGGGAGAUAAGGGCCAAGUCGGGUCUGGUCGAGAAGUGGAACGCUGUGAAUCGGAAAGUGGGGAUCAGAGGACGAAGAAGAAGAAGAAAAGGGGGAAGAAGAAGAGAUUCAAUUCCAAAGGUGAAGAAGAAAAUGGGGAAGAAAGGUGUAGUUCUGUUGAGGAAGAGAAAAAGAAAAGGGAAGAAUCGGGUCAGGGUUGUCCGCGUCCUCGGCUCAAGCCGGAGCUGGUUUGCUUGUACCCUUUUACAUCGACGAGCAGUGCCACGCAAAGGAAAAUCAAACAACAGUAUGAUCAGCUUGUUAAGUGUCAUGAAAACCAAGGAUUAACAUUGGCUCAGGUUGGAGAGUUUGCUAAUUGCUUGAUUGAGGCCAGAAAUGAACUGCAGCACAAGUCUGAGGUCAUCAAACGUAAGUUUACAAUAACAAAGGCUCUACUUUUCAAAGCAGAUCGAUCUUCAUUUGAUCGCCUGAGGCAACAGAUAUUCAAGCUAGAAAUGGAACAGAAGAGAUUAGAAGAGGAUGCAUUUGUCUAUAAUUGGCUCCAACAACAACUUAAACUAUCACCGGCAUAUAAGAAGAUGCUUGAAAUUGGUGCUUGCAUGGAGUUGAAGUCCAAGUCUGGUGAGCUGAUGGAAGGCACAGACACUGAAUUUGCUGACAUUUCUUUUGAAGAGCUAUUAGCUCAGGAAAAGAAGGAUUCAUUUUGGCAGAAAAAUGGGAAAUCAAGAUUAAGCUCAAACUGAUGACAACAUUUGUUUAGCUAACUCUACUCUGGAACCGCACCACUUUUGUAGUUGUCCAAUGGAAGCUAUUCAAUCAUAAAAAUGACAAAGCUCUGAUAAUUGCACCAUGUUCAGCUGAAUUUCAGCCCUCAGCUAACAAAACACCACCUUCCGAGAUGUACUGUACCGUGCUAUGGCUAUGUGCUACAAAUCUUUAUAUCUGCCUGAUAUUUGGCUGUAAAUGAUCCUGUCAUGGAGUUGAGGUUUGGGUAGCUUCUUCCAUCUCUCAAACAUCAGCUUCCACCGAAGCCUGUGAAUAGACAGGUGGUGUUAUUGUAGAUGUAACCAAACCUGAAAGUAUCUUACUGUUGAAUGUGAAGAAGAUUAGUAUUUAAAUAAUUACUUGAUAAAUGCAUUUUGAAUA